AUGGACGAAGCCUUGAGAAUAAUACAAAACUGGUGCAGAGCCAAGGAUCUGAUGGUCAACCCAUCAAAGACCACGACAGUGAUCUUCACCAGGAAAUACAAGCCAGAGCGCAUAGAACCAUUAAAGCUAUGGGGUGUGAGCAUCUCAUAUUCCGGCUCGGCUUGCAAAAAAGCCCUAAGCAAGAACUGGGGCAUUAAAUCCAGGAUUGCCCUGUGGAUCUACGAAACAGUACUAUUACCUAGACUAACGUAUGCAGCAGUGGCCUGGUGGCCCAGGGUGGAGAAAGUCGCAGCAAGGAACCUACUCAAAAGCCUACAAGGGAAUUACUUAAGGGCUGUAGUGGGGGCCAUGAAGACCAUUCCAACAGAGGCGCUGGAAGUAGCCCUCUGCCUACCACCCCUGGAUCAGAACAUCAUCUAUCUGGCCAGACUUAUAGCAUACAGAUUCAUGUGUCAAGAGGAGAAACAUCAGUUGGCUAAUACCUUUAGGGUGUUAAUACCAACUAGAAUGGACUGGAGACGGCAAGGCUUUCUCACUGGUCCGGGAGUGGACCAAUGGUACACGGAUGGAUCGGGGGUAGGCGGCCGCUUCGGGGCAGGGGUGUAUGGACCCACAAUAGAUUACAGAGAGAGCAUACCUGUGGGUGGACUGGCCACGGUCUUUCAGGCCGAGGUGCUGGCCAUCCAUAGGUGUGCCGAGAUCCUAACGGAAACAAGAAGGAGUCGGCACACUAUAUACAUCUGCUCUGACAGCAGAGCAGCUAUAGAGGCCCUUACGAAGACCACUAUUGAAUCAGCAUGUGGACAUCAAGGAAUCCCAGGCAAUGAGGUGGCGGAUGGCCUGGCAAAGGCGGGGACGCAAACGGACACAGGUACACAGGUUGUCGGCGUACCUUAUGCUGCAGGGAAGAAGACCAUCAAAAGCUGGCUCGAGAGCGGGCACGUAACAUUCUGCAGAGCAAACGAACUGCUAUCAAUGAGCAGAAUCAAGGCGAGAGUUGGUGUGGGCCUACUCACGGGCCAUGUGGCCCUCAGAGGUCACCUAUACAAUCUCAGAAUUACCACACAAAAAGAGUGUAGAUUAUGCGGAGAGGAGAGCGAGGACCACAUACACAUUCUGUGUCACUGCCCCGCACUUGUCUGCAAGAGAUACAGAUCCUGGGGCGACAUGUUCGUAAAGCCCAAGGAUCUUGAAGACAAGAAGGUGAACAGCCUCAUAAGACUGGCGACAGACGCCAGGCCAGGGCUGCUACAGUAA